UCCAGUCAGGAGUUUCUCUACGGAAGAGCUGAGGUUCAAAUGAAACUUGUCGGCUGUAACUCUGCUGGAACAGUCACAACAUUCUACCUUAAAUCGCCGGGAACUACGUGGGAUGAGAUAGAUUUCGAGUUCUUGGGAAACAUAAGUGGCCAUCCUUAUACUCUCCAUACUAAUGUUUACACACAAGGCUCUGGAGACAAAGAACAACAGUUUCAUCUA